CUCGCCAGGAAAAAAAGUUGUCAUUCAACCACGACCAACGUCACUUAAUUGUACUUCCGGCAGGGAAACAUAGCACUCAAUUCAAAAUGGCGUCCACAGCGCAACCAGCAGAGAAGAAAAAGCAGCCCAGCCCUCUGCGAUCCGUCAUCGCUGGUUCAACGGCCGGUGCCAUCGAGAUUGCUAUUACCUAUCCCGCCGAAUUUGCAAAGACUCGGUCGCAGUUGAACAGACGGUUAGGAGAGGGCCAGAAGCUCCCUUGGCCUCCGUUUGGAUCGCAGUGGUAUGCAGGAUGCACCACUCUCAUCAUCGGCAACGCAGCCAAGGCCGGAAUCCGAUUCGUGGCGUUUGAUCAGUACAAGGCGCUACUCGUUGACGAGAAUGGCAAGCUAUCCGGACCUCGAACUGUCCUCGCUGGAUUCGGUGCUGGUGUGACAGAGUCAUUGCUUGCUGUUACUCCCACCGAGAGUAUCAAGACAACCCUUAUCGACGACCGCAAGUCGGCCAAGCCUCGAAUGCGCGGUUUCCUCCACGCCGUCCCCAUCAUCGCCCGCGAGCGUGGCCUCCGAGGUUUCUUCCAAGGCUUCGCACCCACGACAGCCCGACAAGCCGCCAACAGCGCAACCCGUUUUACCGCCUACAACUUCUUCAAGCAAAUGGCCGAGUCUUACACGGCACCAGGCGAGAAGCUCGGCGUAGUGGGAACUUUUGCCAUUGGUGGUCUGGCAGGUCUCAUCACCGUCUACGUUACCCAGCCGCUCGACACAAUCAAGACAAGAAUGCAGAGUAUCGAAGCGCGCACGACGUACGGAAACAGCUUCAAGUGCGCUACGAGCAUCUUCAAGCAGGAAGGUGUGCUUACGUUCUGGAGCGGUGCGCUGCCCCGUUUGGCGAGAUUGAUUGUAUCUGGAGGAUUGGUGUUUACAGCAUAUGAGCAAAUCCAGGUGUGGUUCACCAAGAUAGAUCCGGAGGAGAAGUACAUUUAAAGGAAAUACUAGAGUUGGUAUAAAAUGCAGAAGGCGUUGGAGAAUGGGCAACAUAAUGGGGAAUCGCUUUUUGAUACAAUGUACAAGUACAAUUACAUAUACAGGUCAGAUGCCAGCUGAAUAUCCUUCCGUAUUCUUAUCCGGCAUUAAUCGUUUCAUCAUC